AUGAAAUUGUUAGCAAUUAUUUUAACCAAACAUGUAGAUGAUGUUAUUUUCCUUUGUAAUGCAACAGAUUUAAACUCUUAUUCAUUUAUUAAAAGAAAGACAUUUAAAGAAGGAGCUUUUUUUGUAGCUAGAACUAUUCCAUCUAGGAUAGAAUAUAAUACAAAAGAAAUUAUAACUCAUGAAAAUAAUACUGUUUUUGCAUUUAAAUAUUUUGAUAAUAUUUGUCCAAUAGUAAUAACAUCAGAUAAUUACCCUGAAAGGAUAGCUUUCUAUAUGAUUAAUGAAAUAUAUAGAGAUUUCAUAAAUACUAUACCUAAAAAUGAAUGGAUGGAAAUUAAGCAAGACAAUAAAAUUACUUUUAAUCUAAAUACAUAUUUAGAAAAAUAUAAGGACCCUUUAAACUGUGAUGCUAUAACUCAAACUAAUAUAAAAAUUAAUGAAAACAUAGAAAAAGUUAGAGUAUCUAUGGAUUCCCUUAUAAAAAAUAGAGAGAAUUUGGAUGUCCUUGUUGAUAAAAGCAAAGAUUUAUCGACUUCUACUAAACAAUUAUUUAAACAAAGUAAAAAACUCAAAAAAAAACAAUGUUGUAGAAUGAUGUAA